CCGAAACUUUGGUGGAUCGCCAGAACUCGUCUCUGUGUUUCCGCAUGCUGAACUGAAUGAUCACCUGCCUGGAUUUAUCCUUCGUUUUGGAGCCAAUGCGGUGAACUGAAUCCACGAUGUCUUCAAGUUUGUGCUGCAGACUGUGAUCUCCUUGGACCGGCUCAUUCUGUGACAAGACCAAGGGAAAGACAUUUCGCCGGGACUUUGCCUGUCUUUUCCUCUGACUAAUGGAUUUGGAAAUGUACAUGAAGGAAUUGAUCUAAUGAGAUGAAGGGGAUUGCUGGAUAAAUCCAAACAUGGCAGCUGUAUAUGCAUUAAUUUUGUUUCAGAUUGUCUUCAGUUUUUUACACCAGGGUUUGGGUUUGAUUUCAGACUACAAACUAUGUGGAGACCCCGAAUGUGAACGCAUGAUAAGUCGGGUGCAGGCACAGAGAGAUCAUAGUGCUAAAGACUGCCGCUUUCUUAACUUCAAAAAAGGGGAUAUGAUCACGGUUUACUACAAACUUACUGGAAAAAGAAAUGAUCUCUGGGCAGGAAGUAUAGAAAAGCUGUCUGGAUUGUUCCCAAAAGAUGCCAUCAAAGUUGAUCAACUGUUUAUUGAUGAAAAAAAGGAAAUCCAGGUGCCGACCCAGGAAUAUGACUUCAUCUGCUUUGAUGAUAAGGGGUUAGUGAUUGAGCCCAGCAGUGAAUUUGAUGAUCUGGAAGAUUUGUCACAAGAAACCAAUCUCAAUGAAGUCCAAGAUAAACCUACGGAAACAGAAGAGAGUGAACCCAGCCAGAUUUCUGUUCAAGAUGUUUCUGAUCAAAACAGCCCCAAGACGACAGAAAAAGGUGGGUCUUCCUGGAUAGGCUCUGCUGUUAGUGGAUGGUUUGGCAGGAAUGAACAAAGCAAUGAUGAACCACAGGAUGAGAUCAGUGAAGUAUCCUUCACAAGCAGAAAAAUUGAGAUGGAUAUUGAGGAGAAUCAUGUGGAGGAGAAGACAAAUUCUGGAACGUUUGGGUGGAUCAGCGGUGAAUUAACCAAUGCUUUUGGGUUGGGAAACAAGGAUCUAAAAACUGAUACUCAGGACAAUAUUGAGAACCCAACAAAUGAUGAAGAUACCUCAUCUCAGCAGUCUAGCUCCUUGGAAAGUAUGGGUAGAGAUGUCUUGGACCUUAGUGAAGACCAUUCUGAAGCUGCGACUAAACAUGAAGCUGAGAAAACAGAUGAAAACUUAAACAACCAGGACGAGAGUAUUCUUAACCUGAGUCAGAACAUGGGUGUUGAUGACAACAUACAGAGAGAUGAAAACAACCUUGACAGCAGUGUGGAAAAUAAGGAUGGUCCUUUGGAGGACAGGAAAACAGAAAAUGGAAAAGAAGAGGAGCAGGCAGGAUGGUAUGGAAAUAUGUACAACAGAAUCACAAACCUUUACAAAGAAGAGCAAACAAAAGAUGAUGAAGAUGAUGGAGGCAAUGACAAACUAGAAAGCCCUGGAUCUGCUACAAAUACUGAGACCACUGAAACCAAAGAUUCUGAAUCAAGUUCACAGUCCGUAUUUUCAGUCAACAGCCUGACAUCAAUGCUUAAGCUUCCUUUUCAAGCAGACUCAGUAGUAAAGAGAGAUGAGGAAAUGAGAGAAAAGGAAGAACAUCCAGGUUUGGAAGACUUUGAUGAAGAACAAAAAAAUAAUGAGGAUCAAGAAGAAGAAAUGUUGACUGAUAUUGAUGAACAGGACUCAAACCCAACAGACACUGAUGUACUUAGUGUUGCAACUGAUAACCUGGAACAACUAAAUGAAGUAUCGAAUAUGACUAAAUACAGCACAUAUUCACAAAUCCUUGAGAAUAAGUCAGCAGAUAAUUUAACUGACGAACUUCAAAAUGAAAACAUUACAGAUUUUUUUGAGGGAAAGGUGGAGCAAGUUACGAGAGAUGUGAAAAGUGAUGAGGAACAGACAGGAAAGGAAGAAGAUCCAGGUAAGGAAGACUUUGAUGAGGAACAAAAUAAUUACAAGGAUCAAGAAGAAAAAGUGUUGAUUGAUAUUUAUGAACAGGACUCAAACCCAAUAGACAAUGAUGUAAAUAUGGAAACUCAGUCACUGUCUAAUAAAACAAUAACUUUAAAAGAUAGCAUUGAACAACUAGAUGUAGGAUCUAAUAUGACAGAUGACAGCAUAGAUUCACAAAUCCUUGAAACCAAGUCAGCAGAUCAUUUAAAUGAAGAAGUUAAACAUGAAAACAAUGUUGAUUUUUUCGAGGGAAAGGUGGAGCAAAAUACAAGAGAUGUGCAAAGUGAUCAGGAAAAGAAAGGAAAUGAAGAAGAUCCAGGUAAAGAAGACUUUGAUGAGGAACAAAAUAAUUACAAGGAUCAAGAAGAAAAAGUGUUGAUUGAUAUUUAUGAACAGGACUCAAACCCAAUAGACACUGAUGUACAUAUGGAAACUCAGUCACUGUCUAAUAAAACAAUAACUUUAAAAGAUAGCAUUGAACAACUAGAUGUAGGAUCUAAUAUGACAGAUGACAGCAUAGAUUCACAAAUCCUUGAAACCAAGUCAGCAGAUCAUUUAAAUGAAGAAGUUAAACAUGAAAACAAUGUUGAUUUUUUCGAGGGAAAGGUGGAGCAAAAUACAAGAGAUGUGCAAAGUGAUCAGGAAAAGAAAGGAAAGGAAGAAGAUCCAGGUAAAGAAGACUUUGAUGAGAAACAAAAUAAUUACAAGGAUCAAGAAGAUAAAAUGUUGACUGAUAUUUAUAAGCAGGACUCAAACCCAACAGACACUGACAUGCUAAGUGAAAAAACAAUGACUUUUAAAGACAGCAUUGCAUCUGAUAGCAUUGAACAGCUAGACGUAGAAUCUAAAAUGACAGAAGAUAACAUAGAUUCACAAAUCCUUGAAACCAAGUCAGCAAAUGAUUUAACUGAAGAGGUUAAAAGUGAAAAUAAUGCUGAUGUUUUAGAUGGCGCUGUAGAGAAAAAUAUGAAAGAUGUGCAAAGUGAUAAGGAAAAGACAGGAAAGGAGGCAAAUUCAGGCAGGGGUGAUUUUAUUGAACAACAGAAUGUGAAUAAUGAAGAAAUAUCUGAUGUUGUCAAGCAGAAAUCAACCACAAAGGAUGUUGAAUUACUUAGUGAAACUCAGGUUCUCUCUGAUGAAACAAUUACUUUAAAAGACAGUGUUGCAUCUGAUUACAUUAGAGAUAUAGAUGACUUUUCUAAAGAAUCGAAUGCCCAAAAUGUUGAUGAAAUUAAGUCUGCAAAUACAAACGAUAAAGUUAUUGAGAGCACAAACAACUUAACUGAUUCAGCUGAUGACAUUUCAAAGGGCAAGUUGACACAAAGUCUGUGUGAUCAAGGCAAUUUAGACAUUAUCAAACAGCAAGAAAAGGAUGCUAAUGAAACUAGCGCAGAUCCUGUAACUGAUGCUAAUACAUCUGAACUGUCAGAUAUUCAAACAGGUACUCAGUUACAUCAUGAAAAAACACAAGAAUCAAAUGUUGCAGAUUUGUACGCUGACUCUCAUACUGAAACUCUCACGGCUGGUCAAAGUGUAAAUGCAGAUGUAAAUGCAGAACUGAUUAUGGAUGCAUUAUCAGAAUAUAAUAAUGAAAAACAAUUAGCUGAAGGCGAUCAAGGUAUAUCGAAAGAAAAUGAUGAGUUAGUUAUAGACAGAAAAGAUGAAUUGGUUAUGGAAAGAAAUGAGGCACAGUUAGAUGAAGUACUACCAAAAGACAUCACAUUUCAUCAAGAAAAGUUAUCAGAUUCAGAAGCAGGUGCAAUGCAAAUGAGCAAUGAACAUAAACUGGGCACAAACAUAAAUCCUCUUGAUGAAAGAUCUUCUCCUAAUCACACUCUUGUAGCAGAUGAAUUAACUGUAACAAGUGAAGAAAAAUUGCAUUCAGAGCUUGAGUCAAAUUCAUCCCUAAAUGUCACAGAUUAUGAGAUAGAUAAUACCAGUGAAUCGCAUCAUGAAUCAUUGGUGACAGAAAACUCAGGUAUAAGUAUUGUUAAGGAUACUGAUUCAGUAGGUAAAUAUGAUGAUGAGGCUAUAGUUCAUGAAGAGCAAGAGAAACCAGAUACAGUUUCCGAACAUACAGGUCAUGAUCCCAGUUUACCAAAAAAUGCAGACAUUGAUAAUAUUCCUAAUGCUGUGGCUGAAGACCUAGAUGGCUUUACAACUUCCCCAGAAACAGAACUGACAAAUGAAUUCUUCUCAAAGAAUGACUCUGUUCAGGAUGGCAAUAUUAAUAUCAUGCAUGAGCAAAAUCAAAGUGUUGAGCACAAAGAGGAGACUGACACAGCAAAUAAUGAGGAUUGUCAAACAGAUUCAGAAAGUGUCAGACAAAGGGAGGAAAGUGGCACAGGUGCCAUCUGGGAUCAAAGUGAUGACGGUGACAUGGCAGUGAAGUCAAAAGAUAAAGAAGAACAUAGUGAUGAAGAAAAGCCUGGAAGGCUUGAAACUCAAGACAAAAAAACUGCCAAUGAACCUACAGAAACCUCUAAAGAAUAUACAAACUUAUAUCCUCACCUGAGUGAACAGGAUAUUGAAGACCUUUUAGAUUUAUUUGGACACCAGAAGUUGUCGUGGCUGGAUUCCAAAAUGGGAAAUUUUAAUGCAGGUCAAGAUAAUGAUGACAUUGAUGAACUUGGUGACUUUGAACAGCUGUUGGAUUACCAUAUCAAGAUGAACACCAAAUUGGGACAUAUUCAACAAGAUAAUGGUUUUCCUGGCAGGGAUAAUGCAAAAGAAUAUCCAGCACUACAAAAACUGUUAACCCUCUUAUCUUCUCAAAGAACGAAAUAUUCACCAGUGAUAACAGAUAACAGUUUAGAAAGCCCAGGGAUCAGCAAAGAUGACUGUGUUCAUGAAGCAUGUCUAGAUGUGAAUAAGAAUACACAAAUCUCCACAAUAGAGGCUGAAAAUAAUCAAGUUACCGAAGACAGAGAUGAUAUAAAUGACUUGGGCAAUCCUCAGAAUGAGCCAGUCUCUGAGGAAAAGGACCUUUCAGCAAACAGAGCUAAUGUGGAGGAUGUUCAGACUGAUGAGCAGGAUAUACAAAAGCAUGAAGAUUGGACAUCUUCUGAAACCAAGAAAAGUACUUUCCAAAACCAUGGUCUUAUCUCUGAGGAGCAUGUUGAAUCACAGAAAGGUGAAGGGCAAUUUCAUCAGAUGGCAGUUUUUGUUGAAGUCACAAUUAAUGAAAUUGCAUCUAUAGUGAACAAGGUUGUGUCUUCACUUCCUGAUGAUAUCCGGCCUGGCCCUGACUUAUAUGGACUGCCAUGGGAAGCUGUGGUUUUCACUGGAUUUUUAGGUUUAUUCACACUGCUUCUGUUCAGCUGCAGGUUCAUUCAUUCUAUCAGAAGUCGACUAUAUGCAAGUAAAGAAAAGCAAAUGGCGCUGAAAGUGGCUGAACUGCUUGAUGAAAAAUGCAAAGUGCUAGAGACAUUCAGUGAGGUUAAACGGAAGUUUGACAAACUAGAGUCCACACUGCAGAACAAUGGCAUGUCUGCACAAGCUGCAGAAAAAGACAAUUUAGAGGUGGCAUCACAGAAGCUCGAACAAUCAAAUGCACAGAUGAAAAAUGAAAUCGAGAGGCUGCAAGAAGAGCUAUCCCAACAAAACAAAGCAAGAAAACAGCAAGAGGAUCAGCUUGCUGAACUCGAGCAGAUUUUAAGAAAUUUAGAAGAGGAAGCUAAAGAACGAAAGUCCCAGUUAGAACAGGACAACACAACGCUGAAGAUCCAUGAGAUCAACACCGAGCGACUGCAGAAGAACCUGCAGGCGGCCAAAGAAGAGCACGCAAUACUGCUCGAGAGUAAAGCACAGCUGGUGCAGGAGGCAGAGGACUGGGGUGAACGUCUCGGUGAGCUGGAGGAGGAGAUGAAAAUGUGUGAAAGAUCACAUACUAGCAUGCUGGAGGACUGCGCUAAUAAAGAUGAUCGCAUCAAGUCACUGACGGAGCACCUUUUGAAGAUGCGAGAUUGGGAUUCUGAGGACGAGAGCUGCGUUGACGGUAGCACUAAUACAGCUGGAGCUGAGAAUGGAGACAGUUCAGAUUUCCAUCAGAAGCAAAAAGUACAGAAACUUAUUGAAGCGGCCAAGAUGAGUGCAGACUUGAAGUCCAUGGAGGAGGACAAGAACAGAGUAUUCGCUACACUC